UCAUCAAUCAAUUUGUUUUAUUAACUUUCUUAUUAGUUCAUUCAUGCAUAAAUUAUUGGGAAUUAUAACUUUUAUACAAUCACAUGCACGUUUAGAAAAGGUAAAUUUCCAAUCCUUUUCCUUUGGAGAGGGUGCCAAGAAGAAGCCACAUUUUCUCGUUGAGUCAGAAACGUUGAGAAACGCUGGAACUGAUUAGACGAAAGGAGAAAGUUGCUCGAGAAAGGUUGCAACGGAGAAGAUCACAGGUAAAAUCGGACAAGUAAUAGACUAGAAAUGUGCAUUAUUCUGAAAUGCUAUGCUAAAUACGAAGCUCAUUUAUUAAUCUUCCUUAUUGUGUAGCAUUAAAUAAACAUGGUUGAACAUUUAAGUUCUAGGUAUAUACUCGUCACGACCACAAAGAUAGAGUAAAAUCUGUUCUUCAACUUAAUCCAUAUUAAUCCAUUCAGACAGCAUGCAUUCAUGUUUUAUCCAGUUAAGAUACCAUUUGCCAUGCAAAAUUCAUUAUACAUCGAUCUUAACCUUCCAUAAAAUUGAACGCAGUUGAUCACAAAUCUCUAAAUUGUAAGGCGUGAAAACUAGAGAAAGUAUUAACAAUCAUGGUGAAGGUUGAGCAUAUUCCCUUGAUUGACCGAGAAGAUAAUCUUCAUCGGAGAAAUCAGAUGCUAACCGUGGCGGGGGCCACGCUAGCUUUAUUCGCCACGGGAAAUAUAAUGGGAUUUUCCUCUGUAACAAUUCCAAGCUUACUUUCGACAACUUCGGAAAUUAAAACUACAGCGGAGGACAUGUCUUGGAUGGCAAGUAUGGUCACACUCGGAUGCAUUCUCGGGACCGUGAUUGGUGGACUUACAUCCGACGCUAUCGGGAGAAAAAAGACCAUUUUGCUCUCCUCCAUAAUCUAUUCUUUAGGAUGGAUAGUGAUCGGUCAGGCUCAGGAAGUAGCCGAUCUACUUGUAGGUCGCAUGUUGACCGGAAUCGCAUCCGGAUUUUAUGGGGUAUCCGUCCAAGUAUAUAUCUGCGAAAUUGUUGAGCCUGACCUAAGAGGUGUAUCUGGAUCUUUGCCAUCAUUAAUGGUCUCUAUAGGCAUCCUGUGUACUUGGUGUCUCGGUGCAAUCAUGGAUUGGCGAUCGGUCGCCCUUCUACUUUCUCUCUGCCCUAUAUUUGUCUUCAUCUAUGUCAUCUUUCUUCCCGAGUCGCCCGUCUGGCUCAUCUCCAAGGGACGCCACUCUGAAGCCCUUAAAUCGUUGGGUUGGCUUCGCGACACAGCCGACACGGCCGAACAGGAAUUCCUCCGUCUCCAAUUUCUCAGAGAACGCAGAGUUAGUUCUGACUUUUCCAUGAAAAAUUGCUGUUCCAGAUUCUUUGAACGCUCUGUCCAGCGCCCCCUCUUCAUUGGAACAUUCCUCUUCUUCGUGCAACAAUUCUCGGGACAAUACGCCAUUAUUUUUUACGCCACAAUGAUAUUCCGUUAUGCCGACCAUUUCAUUAACGAUUACUUGGAAACAAUCGUAGUCGGAAUUGUGCGCAUGUUUGCUACCCUGAUUGCCAUAUUUUUAGUGAAUUUCCUAUCGAGAAGAUUUCUUCUUAUUAUGUCGGGGUUAAUUAUGUGUUUCGCUAAUGGGAUUCUUGGAGCAUACUUUUACAUCAGGGAGAGUGAAGGCGAUUUUACAAACUCGACCCUGGCAUAUCCAAGGAUUCCUGUGGUCAACGAGUUUCUGGAAGGGAUUAACAUCGAAUGGGUCCCCUUGGCGUGCCUGAUUCUGUUCAUGAUUGGAUACUCGAUUGGGCUGGGGAUUAUUCCGUGGUUUUUAAUUGCAGAGGUCCUCCCGUCGGAUGUGAGGAGUAUGGGAUGCUCGAUAGCAUUUGGGUUAAACCAGUUCUUUCUUUUCGUUUCGGUGAAAACUUUUAUUACCACGGUUGACGUUUUGAAUGCCCACGGCACAUUUUGGUUUUACAGCGUGAUUGCUUUCAUCGGUGUUAUUUUUGUUAUUUUUGUAGUCCCUGAAACAGCAAAUCUUAAUUCUGGUGAGAUUGAGGACAUUUUUGAGAAUAGGUCGCACAAAAAUGGGAAGAAGAAAGGUAGACAUGGGAGUUUUGAUGAGUCGACGUUCUAAAUAAGUCUAAUUUAAUUAAAAUAAAGCAAGAAGCUAAUGAGAUUAAAUUCAAUCACAAACUAAUCUGAAACUAUUCCUAUUUAAUUCGCAAUCAUUUCGUUACGAAAAAUGUGCAAUAUGAAAAUUACAAGUUACUAAAAAAACCUGAAUUAUGUAAAAUUUACGAAAUAAAUCUCUUACGACAUACUCGAA